AUGGACACAGAAACGAGCCCUGACCGCAUGGAGGUCGAGGGAGAGCCAGAUGGCGACGGCGACAAGAGGUCGCUCAGAGAGUUCUCGUCCCUGCCUGGUGAAGGAGACGAAUCGAGGGAACAUGCCCGUCCCAGGAAGAGAACACGCCGAGCCUGUGAUAAAUGCUCAUCGUCGAGGACCCGGUGUGAUGGAGAAUACCCCUGUCGCCGCUGCGAAGACUACGGCUAUACCUGCCGCUAUAACCGCGAGAUCAAGAAACGUGGCCGUGCGCCUACCACCUCCUUGGGAAACCAUGCGGCUCGCUCGGAUUCAACCGGUUCGACCACUCCCAGUGCCAAGGUCAAGCGCCAAUCCUUGGGUGCCAUAUCGCCGUCUCCUCCGGUGGCAUCGCCAGAAACAAGCCUUCCACCGCUGCACUUCCCCCAGUCCCAUGAGCGUUAUAGAGACGGCAUCAGCCUGGCCUCCGUCCAGCCUCAUCGUCCCUCCUACGACGAUGGCCGCCCUUCCAUCUCACACAUGGUCAUCCAGCCAUCUGCUGCCCCUGUGCAGUCCCCAGCCUACCUCUCAUCGCCAGCCUACAGCAACACCAACACUCAGAUACAGCUGUCAUCACUUCUAGAGCCAAGUGCCGAAUCACCAGUCCUUAAGAAAACCCAUGAGAGCCCGCCCCAGAUGUCUGCACAGGCUGGACGCACCAGCGACGCAGAACCAUCAGUGCCGAGCGCCAGCGUGGGAUAUCCCUCCCCGGCAAACGCUGGCUCACCUCCCCAGCGUGCGCCCAGCAGUCGGAGCAGGCAGUCUUUCAGCAACUGCCCGCCACCGCUCCCUCAUGGUCGAGAUUCUGUCAGUAGUACGACGAAUGGCCGUGAAGGAUCUAUCCCGGAGGGCCAAAGGCUACACAACUCACUGUACAAGGCACCCUCGGCCGACUGCCGUUACAGGUGCCUGGACCCCGUGCUGCCCUACCUGAGGGAUAUUAUCCCGGCGUCGGUGGCUUGUGACCUCCUUGAUGUCUAUCUCACGGAGCCCGGGAGCUCGCUCUUCCGCUGCGGUUUGCGAGUCGAGAGUGAUCAACCACAGACAGGCUAUGACUUCUCAUCAACUCAGCCCCUGCUGACUGCCAAGAAUGAGCCCGCCGGCGCGAUCGAUGAUGUACUAACAUUCAUCCUCUUGUCUAUUGCAGUCUCUGGAGGUGAUUUCAAAAGCGACUGCUUCAAGUGGUGGAGCAAGGCGGUUCGAUUAGCUGCCUCGCUCGAGCUGAAUCGCGAGGAUGAGCGGUGCUUAGCCACAGUAUCCCCGUGCGCGAAUCCGUUAUGCUCCUGCAAACGUGAACAGGAGGAUUUCUCGCUGUCAAGUACAGAAGCGAGGGAGGAAAGAAGGAGGGUGUUCUGGCUCCUAUACUGUCUCGACCGACAUCUGGCACUCUCAUUCAACCGUGUUCUUGACAUACCGGACUCCUACUGUGAAGUUUAUGAGAACAUCUGGGAGAACUUGGACACCAUAGCACCCAAGGACAUCCCGCCGAGAGUAAUCGGCGCUUCAUCCAUCAUCACCGGGACAGGCUAUUUCGAAUAUUUCCUCCCGUUGAUGAGCAUUCUCGGGGAUAUCAUUGAGGUACACCACCGGAGAUUCCAUCCACGCUUGGGCAUGGUCGACGACACACACGCCGUGGCGAUCAUCGGCGACCUCCUCGCAAACUGCGAAGCCAGCAUCGAGAAGCUGCGCCAGGAGAUCGAGCUGGUCGAGUACGCCGCCCCGAUGCCGACGCCCGGCGCCGGGCCCAGCAUCAAAGACCUCAUCUCGGGCUACUCCAACCUCCCGCCGCCAACACACGGGCCCCCGCCGCCAACGACGGUGCCGGCGCCGACGGCGGCAGCGACGCGGGCCAAGGACCGCUCGCGGCUGCAGCUCGUCACGGCGUACUCGACGCACAUCCUGCACGUGCUGCACGUGCUCCUGCACGGCAAGUGGGACGCCAUCUCCAUGCUGGACGACGACGACGACUGGAUCACGAGCGCGCGGUUCAACAACUGCGCGUCGCACGCCAUCGCGGCGUCGCAGGCCGUGAGCCAGAUCCUCAAGUUCGACCCGGAGCUGACCUUCAUGCCGUACCUGUUUGGGAUAUACCUGCUCCACGGGAGCUUUAUCCUGCUGUUGUUUGCGGACCGCAUGCCGAGGGUGGGGCCGAACCAGAGCGUGGAGCUGGCGUGCGAGACGAUUGUCAGGGCGCAUGAGGUGUGUGUGGUUACGCUGAGCACAGAGUUCCAAAAAAAUUUCCGCAAGGUGCUACGAUCGACGCUGUACAGCGUGCGCGGCUCGAGUCCCACAGAGUGGGAGGAGCACAAGGCAAGACGGAGAGCACUUUCCUUGUAUCGCUGGACGAAAGGAGCGAAAGGGCUGGCACUUUGA